AUGGACGUAUCAGAUAUCCUCUCUGCCCAUGCAGCCAAGCAAAAAGCCGUCACGGUCGAGAAGGACAUCCCUCUCGAGAUCGAUACCGGUUUCCUGACAGUGACGGACCUGAACCCAGUGGAUGCCGAGAGCUACGAAGCGAACCUCGAAGACUACCUCCUCUCCACUGCACGCGACGGCGCCCAAGCCAUGAUCGGGGCGCUCUUCUCCCUCCCGACGACCGCCUCCGAGGACGGGCCGCUCGCACAGCUCCCCACGCCGACUACGGCGCUCCCGCGUGCGAAGCCGCUGCCGAAGCCGAAGCCGCCGACCAAGUGGGAGCAAUUCGCGAAGGCGAAGGGUAUCCAGCACCGCACGCGCGAGAAGCGGGUGUGGGAUGAGGAGCGCCAGGAGUGGGUCGACCGCUGGGGCUGGCGCGGUGCGAACAAGAAGGAGGAGGGCCAGUGGCUCACGGAGGUGCGGGCAAAUGCAGAUGUCGACCAUGACCCUGCGAAAGUUGUGCGCGAUAAGCGUAAAGCAAAGGUUGCGAAGAACGAGCGGCAGCACCAGUCAAAUGUCGCGCGUGCCCAGCAGUCGGGUGCGAGCUCGAGUGCUGGGGUUGCCUCGUCGGCGGACCGCAAAACGAACAUCGACAGGACACUUGCCACAACACGCACGAGUACCGCGAGCAUGGGCAAAUUUGAUAAGAAGUUGGAGGGCGAGAAAAAACUGAAGGGUGUGAAACGGAAGUUUGAUCCCACCGAAGUAUCUGCGUCGAGGGAGAAGUCAAAUAAUCUUGCCAUUAUCUCGAAGCUUGAUCGAGAAGGACCCUCGAAGAAGGCGAAGAUAUCUUCUCUGAGCAACCCGGGAGGCGGAUCUGGGGACGUCCUAAAUGUCAGGAAAGCAAUUAGGUCCGCAAGUAAGGGGAAGGGCAGUGCUGCACUCGCAAGAGAAGGCGGUGGUGGCAAGAGCAAGAAGGGCCGUAGGUAG